CAAUUUAAGUUUUGCCGAGGUGGUACGCCACUCGACCGAUAUUUAAAUAGGUCGUCUAAUUCCUUAUCACAGAACUAAUAAAAUAUUAAACACUGGGCCAUAAAAUGAGGUGACGUGGAUCAUUAAACUAAUCACUCAUACAUUCCAGUUUAAAUUGAAACGUGCAUGUAUUUAUACAUGAAGAUGGCUGGUACGCCGAUCAAAUUGGGCUCUGUUGUGUCCUUCUGUAUUGUGCUAUAUGCGAUGUAUUACCGUAAGAAUGAUAUGGGGGAUGAGCGUCUGCACCCUAUGAGAGAACAGUUGUUGAUACUCGAAAGCCAGAAUAGAGUGGGGCUUGGAAGUUUUCAGCCAAGAGUCGCUCUUGGGUACGGGGCUUGCCACGACUUAUUUGUGAAUGCGACACUGCUGUUGGACCAUAGAGAGUUAAACGGGGAGCCGGAACACCACAGUGAGAUCCGGAACAACGAUGAGUUGAUCAAAAGUUUCGCUUAUUUUUUCAAGCACGGUGCGGCGGCCGAGCGAUUUGUUUCCAAUGGAAAGCUCUAUGAUGACCUAGUUGAAAAAGCUUUAAAGCUGUCAGACUCUCGAUGGUCGAUCGGUGGCAAUGCUCCACUCAUGGCCAAGCGAUUCCACACAGAAGGCUGGAAGGUGCUCCUGGCCGGCAAAAUGAGUUCCAAACUCAAAUCAUACAUUCCAAAAGAAAUAAAAAUAGUUGGUGCCGAAGGAAAUGAGGAAGUAAAAGACGAUAUACAUAUGAUUCUUGAGUAUAAGGCUGAUGCAAAUUUUGGAGAUCUUAAAGCCCCCAGAGCCAAUCGGUAUAUUCUCCAUAAUGAUGAGAACAACCCGCUUUUGAGCUCUUUGGAGAAGUUUACGGAGCAUCUGCCACAAUUCACACCUGAUUUGCUCGUUAUCAGUGGGCUUCAGAUGAUGGAUAACUUUCCUUUCAAAAAAACUGACACUCAAGAUCUCAGGGCUGAUAGACUGGAACUAGUCAAAAAACAAAUCCUGUCACAGCCCGCUCAGACCCUCACCCACUUCGAAAUGGCCAGUUACGUGGAUCUCGAACUGCUUCUACACCUCAAGUCCAAAGUCCUGCCUUACGUGGACUCCAUGGGAAUGAAUGAACAGGAACUGACUAAUAUACAUAACUUACUCUUAUACGGUAACGUCAGUUACGCUGCUGACUCCAAUCCAAGAGUAGCCACAGCAUUGGACCAAAUGAGAAAAACAUUCCAAAUGAUAAGACAGAAAAAUCAGGAGCACAACAGCAACAGAAAACUAACUCGAAUACAUGUACACACUUUAGCCUAUCAGGCCAUCUUGACAGUGAAAGAUUCCUCUUGGAAAAGGACCGCCGCAGCCACAGCAAAAGCGUCCCUGACUGCGCAUAGAUACGUGUGUGACGCUCAAAAUAUCAUGCUAGAAAAAUCCAAGUUGUUGCUGGAUGAUAGUUUUGCUACGAGCACAGCUCAUGAUAAUAAUAGCAGGGGCAGGGUUGUCAUAGAACCGACCAAUCCAGUGGCUUGUUGGGAGGAGACACUUGAGGGUGAUCAAGUUGAGAUAUGUGUAGCGCCAGUUUUGAUAUGCACAGAAGCACAGUUGACAGCCGGUGCCGGAGAUAACAUAUCUGCCGCUGGAUUGGUACUUCAGAUAGAGAAGUGAAUUUUGCAGUUUUUGCUUUUAUGCUUUACUUAAUUUUAACAGAGACAUCAUGUGACUUACAUUUUAUAAGUUGGUUGUUAUUAUGUGCCAUUUGACUCGUAUUGAUAUCAAACAUUGAUCAAAAUGACUUGUCUUCUGUUCAAGGAGUACAUACUUAAUGUUGUAUUUAUUUUUAAUUUAAUAAUUUAUAUUUUGCUUGAAGGUGUUAAGGGUAUU